ACUGCAGGUAAAGUGGUGUCAAACUGCAUUCAUUCUGCAGUGUGAAUGCACCCACCGCGUGACUCCAGGGCCACGUGGGAAGGCGGUCCGAAGGCCUGGCUCCGUUUCCUGUGCUGUUUGUUCCCGAAAUUGUCAUGGAAGGAGGAGGACAAGGGUCUUGGAGUGAAAAUAUAUUGGAUUACUUUCUGAAUAUUAAACAGAUUAAAACAAGAGAUGGGGCUGAAAUCAUCUGGUACCACCGCGCAAACAGCAAGUUACAAAUGAGAGAGGCAAUAAAGAGUAAUGUCCACAUGAUAGAAGCAGAUGUCCUUGGUAAAAAGGAUGGUGAACCAAUUAUGGCUCACCCACCAGAAACAAGUAGUGAUAACACACUCAAGGAAUGGCUAACUGAAAUACAAACCACUAACAAAGGCGUCAAGCUUGAUUUUAAAAGCUUAGAGGCUGUGAAUCCCUCUAUGAAGAUUCUUGGAGACACAAAACUCAAACAACCUGUCUGGAUUAAUGCAGACAUUCUCCCUGGCCCAAACGGAAGUAAUUGUGUAAUAGAUGCAAAGGGAUUUCUCAGUACAGUGACAUCGUUUUUUCCAGACGUAACAUUGUCAUUGGGAUGGACAACUGGAUGGACAGCUUUAAAAUGCAGUAAAGGCUAUAGUUCUGCAAUGGUGCAGGAAAUGGCAGCAAUAUGUUCAGAUCUUACCCAGCCAAUAACAUUUCCUGUAAGAGCAGUUUUUGUACGCCAGUCCAUAUCUGAACUGCAAUGGUUAUUACAGCAAUCAAACAGAUCUCCCAGAAGGUGCCUACCACAUUGCAAUAGCUGGAAAUAAGUCUUUGCUGCUCCCUUUGCUUUUCAGUGAUGCAGACACGGUAGUCUUAGAUGGGUAUGUAUUUUGCCUCACUGGAAAGGUGUGCAUGGGUUAUUUUGGUCAUUGUGCAGUUAAGACUAGAUCCCAGCACCUGGAACUAUGGGAAAAGUGGGUUAUGAUAGCAUAAAUUUGAGUGACAUUACCCUAACUCGCUUCCAGGGUUCUGGCCCUUAUUUCCCUAUACUGUAUGUAUUUGCUUGGGUCUUAACAUCUUCUGGGGAGGCCUUUCUCUCUACUGUUUAAUUCUAGAACUAUAACAUGUCCUCAUCUGUUGUUCUUCCACUAGCAGAAAAACACAAUUUUAUUCAGUAAGAUUUCAGGCAACUGAAAAGGAUUUUUUAAUGGGAAUGCUGUACCUUUUUCUUCAUCUCAUGGUCUUUUAUCUGGCUGUUUUAAUAUGAUGAAUAUGAAUAUUGGUUAAAUCGUGCUUAACCUUACAACUCUGCUUUGAAUCAUGUUGUGACUAGUCUUGAGUCCCAAUCUGAAAAGAAGGGCAGAAUCCUAAAUAAUUUAAACAAUGCGUCGUCUUCAUCAUGGAAAGAAGUGACAAGUGGAGUGCCGCAGGGCUCCGUCCUGGGCCCGGUUCUGUUCAACAUCUUUAUUAACGACUUAGACGAAGGGUUAGAAGGCACGAUCAUCAAGUUUGCAGACGACACCAAACUGGGAGGGAUAGCUAACACUCCAGAAGACAGGAGCAGAAUUCAAAACGAUCUUGACAGACUAGAGAGAUGGGCCAAAACUAACAAAAUGAAGUUCAACAGGGACAAAUGCAAGAUACUUCACUUCGGCAGAAAAAAUGGAAAUCAAAGAUACAGAAUGGGGGACGCCUGGCUUGACAGCAGUGUGUGCGAAAAAGACCUUGGAGUCCUCGUGGACAACAAGUUAAACAUGAGCCAACAAUGUGAUGCGGCUGCUAAAAAAGCCAAUGGGAUUCUGGCCUGCAUCAAUAGGGGAAUAGCGUCUAGAUCCAGGGAAGUUAUGCUUCCCCUCUAUUCUGCCUUGGUCAGACCACACCUGGAAUACUGUGUCCAAUUUUGGGCACCACAGUUGAAGGGAGAUGUUGACAAGCUGGAAAGCGUCCAGAGGAGGGCGACUAAAAUGAUUAAGGUCUGGAGAACAAGCCCUAUGAGGAGCGGCUUAAAGAGCUUGGCAUGUUUAGCCUGCAGAAGAGAAGACUGAGAGGAGACAUGAUAGCCAUGUACAAAUACGUGAAGGGAAGUCAUAGGGAGGAGGGAGCAAGCUUGUUUUCUGCUGCCCUGCAGACUAGGACACGGAACAAUGGCUUCAAACUACAGGAAAGGAGAUUCCACCUGAACAUCAGGAAGAACUUCCUCACUGUGAGAGCUGUUCGACAGUGGAACUCUCUCCCCGGGGCCGUGGUGGAGGCUCCUUCCUUGGAGGCUUUUAAGCAGAGGCUGGAUGGCCAUCUGUCGGGGGUGCUUUGAAUGCGAUUUCCUUUUUCUUAGCAGGGGGUUGGACUAGAUGGCCCAUGUGGUCUCUUCCAACUCUACUAUUCUAUGAUUCUAUGAUUCUAUGAUUAGUAGUAGCGCAUAAAUAUUUGAACUGUAUGGUGUUCUGUGUAUACAUAAUCAGUAAUCAUUCCUUGAGCACAUCAUGGCCACAGUUGGAAGUCAAGUUGGACUGUCUAGGGCAACUCUAAAACAUUUUCCUGCUUGCUUGAAAAAAAAGGCUCAACAUUUGGAUAUAAUUUCAAAGCUAUUAGAGGCAUAAUGUCCGAUGCACACAAGAGUAUCAGAAUAUAAGAGAUUAAAAGGCAGAUAAUGUGACUUAGUUUUCCAACACUUUACUGUGAUUACUAAGAACCAGCAUGGUCUUCUCACAAACAUGCCUGAUUGAAUUUACCUCUUUUUUGACAUAGUUGCAGACAGAUGAAGAGAAUAUAGUAUACUUCACCUUCUAUUCCGUUUUUAAAAAUAUCUCCCAGAUAUUAGAAAGAUCUUCCUGAUACUAUGACUUGACUAGAACCUAAUACCACGUACUAUAAACACCAGGAACUGUAGGUUAUAUAUCUCAUGGGGUUUCCUCCUCUGAAAUAUAACCUACAGCAUAUGGUAUUUGUUAGUAGUCUUCCAUCUAAGUAUUAACUAGAGAUGGCUUUCAAAAUAAGAUGGGAUCUGUGUCUUAAGUGUAUUUAGGCUAAAUAAAAAUAGGACUAUAGAUAACUUGAUGAUUAAUGGCAUUGCUCUUUUCUUUCUUUAUGAAAGGUUAGAAGUGAGGUAAAGAGAUGUAUCUCAGUGUCUCCUGAUAUUAUUCACAUUGGUGGUGAAGUAGGAAAACGUAUUUAGGCGAGGAAUUGGGAACAACAAAAAUAUGACAUUGGCAAUUGAUCAUCUGGGAAAAAUAUUGGGCAAAGCGACUUCCAGAAGAGGAUGUCCAUUUGUCCACUGCAGCAAAAACAGUUAUUACACCGUAAUGACUAACCAAUGGUAUCAUGUCUUGACUCACAAAUGAAAUGGGUAAAAAGUCAGAUGGUGUCAGAAGAUUGUUUCUGUUGGAAGAAAUACUGAUGAAAAAGAAUGUGGACGCUGAGAAAAAUGUGAUAUUAGAGGGAGCACAGGAAACAUACACACAGAGAACACAUUGAAGACUGAAGGGACAAAUUCUGGCCAUGGUCCUUUGAUAUACACCUGUAGUUGUUAUCAGUUAAGGUACAGUAUCAAUAUGCAAAGUCUUUCCCUCCUGUUUUGAUUGCUCUUAUUCAGGCACCUUUCCAGUUUUAGUUCCAUGUAGUUCCAGGUGACUCUGGGUGGUGAUGUGUCAUCAAAACAGAAACCUAGGGUACAUCUACACUGUAGAAUUAUCACAAUUUGACACCACUUUAGCUGUGUUAUGGAAUUAUGGAAUGUACAAUUUAGUGAGGUACCAACACUCUUUGGCAGAGAAGGCUGACGGCCUUAUAGUACUACAACUUCCAGGAUACCAUGAGAUGGAGAUAUGUGUGUCAUUUUGUAAGCCGCCCUGAGGACCUAUGGGAGAUGGUGGUGGGGUAUAAAUAAAGAUGAUGAUGAUGAUUAUAUGGCAGUUAAAAUGUGUCAAACUGCAUUAAUUUUACAAUGUAGAUGCACCCCUAGUUGUUUCAGUGAAGUCGGGGAUGAGCAUCAUGCCCAGGAAGUGGGCGUUUGUUCAGAAGCACAGGAGCAUCUUCAUUGUCUGCGCAUGGGAGAGGGUUGCUCUUUCAUACAGAUGAGUCUUAAUGGAUUGUGGCAGGUGCUUUUUUAUUCCUCACCUUUUGCAAGCUCUACAGAUGAAAGCUGUGUGAAACAGCAUUACUGUUUCUCACAGCAUCCACAGCAUUGUCUUUUACAGAGGUGGGAAAGAGAACUGAUGUUCUAAAUGUCAGCCUAAAUGUCAGACACUUUUCCCCAGAAGUAGCAUUAAUCAUAUCUCUGUAGUCAGUGACAACUGGUAGCAUGUGGCUCUUUCAAAAUGUCAGAAACGUAUUGAGUCCCCUCUAUUUUCUGACUCCAACAGUUAACCAAAUUUUCUUGCUUUCCAUUAGCAAUAUUCAGUUCUGUGUUGUUUGUAAAACUUGAUAGAUUCACUUAUACCAGGAAAGUAUAUUCCUAUUAAAUAAUGAGUCUAUUUUAUAGUGCUUAUGUAACUAUAUAUCUCUAUUCAAGCUACAUUUUCUUGACAGCUGCUUUUGUGUUGCCUAAGAGUUUGUAGCCUUCUUUAAAGCACAACUCAAAACAAAAUUCAAACCAGUCACUCCAACCUAUAUACGAAGACAUAGAGAGAAGCCACAAGAGGAAAGUUUCCAUAUAAGCAGAUAGGACAUCUAGUUUGCGCACAAAAGACACAAGACAACAGGAAUUAGUUUGAGUGACAGGAAGAGAAGGCUUCCAAGUCCCCUCCUUGCCUCUUAUGUAUGCCUUAUCUCUUCCAGCAUCACUAAUGUUUUAUCCUAAGGCUUUUAAGAAGGAAAGCAAGAAAUAAAGACACAUAAAAACAUGAACUGUGGGUCUCCAGGUGCUAUUGAUAAACACUAGAUAUAAAUUCAGAUAACACUAGCCAAGCUACAAUCCUGAGUGCAAUUGUACCAGAUUACACUUUUGUCCAAAAGGUUCUGCAAAGCAACUGCAUGAGAGCUUAAUAGGAAGACACUUCCACAACCACUUGCAACCAUCCCUUUUGAUACCACUAUGAAAACACAGAGCCACUGGCACAAUGAGCUUUGUAUUAGCACAAUAAUGUAACUGGAUAAAUUUCAUAGUGUGUUCUUUUUACAAUGCUUUUCACAAAAACCAUACUCAAAGUGCACUUGGACUAAUAAAUAACUUAAUGCUUCUAUGGGCUUUCCCCCUCUCAUCUCAUCAAUGUCAAAGCUUUGCCACCAUAAGAACAUGGAAUUACUGUAUUAUUUAAGUGUCCAAAAUGUAAGAUUUCUGCACACCCCCGCAUCAUAUUCAUUUAAAGUUUGUUCCAUAUUGUUAAAUACCAGGACCAGAAUAAGUCUGAAUGCCAACAAUACAUUUCAGAGCUCAGUCACUCAAUCAUGUAAUAUACUGUAGCUCUGGCUGACUUUUAUCACCUCCACUUCUUCUUGAAAAAAUUAAAUAAAUAUUUUAUAUACUGGUAUAUUAACACCAAAAGCUUCAAAGAGCUAAAUAGGAGGACAUUUGCUUUGUAAAACUGAGAAAAAGUACUUUGAAUUUUAAACCAUUUCCUCCAUUGGUCAACAACUAGAUCAAAUCAUAGUUCUUUUUUACACUGCUGUACUUUCUAUGGUUCAUACACUCCACCUUUAAAAUUGUUGCUAAAUAUAUAUAAUUUUCCUCAAGGUGCAUUCGCCUUUACAAAAUUACCUUUUAAAAAUUAUACUUUGAUAUAAAAAUAAUAGACUGUGUCCACAGUGAAGUAUGACUAAGCCUACUGAAAUCCAUGGGCUUAAGUACAUUUAACUACAUACUGAAACUUUUGCCACAGUAUAGUCCCAUUCUCAAUUGCGCUGCAUGAGUUUUAGUCUCUUAAUAGCUGCUGAAAUAUAGUCACACACUAGUUAAAGCACCACUGGUCUCAUAAAAGACAAUGCUUAGUAUUAACAAACUCAAAGUCUUGCCUCAUCCAAAAAAUGUAGUUAUAUUUGCUGUGCAGCAGUGGGGAAUCAUACCCAUAGUUUCUUACUAUGGAAGUUAUGGUGAAGGCAGAAUAUUUUGCAUCAUAUUUUAUCCAUAGCCAAUAAAAGCAUCUUUUUCACAGCUGAAGCUCAAGGAGAAUGUUUGGUGCUGAGUAAGAGAUAUGGAACUGCUGCCUUGUUACGUAGAAACUUCGGCGGCCAACUCUCAUACUUCAGGUUGUUACAAUGCCAUGUACAGCUGUUGCUUUGUAAUCAGCUAAAAAUUCACCAGCUGCUUUAUCUGCUCAGUUUGCAACGACUGCCUCCGUGUCAAGAGAGUCUUAGUUUUGAAGUCCUUAGGGUAAGCCGGUGCUGUUGGAAUUAGGGUUUUUUGUCCACAAGAAAAUGAAUUUAUCUUGUGUAUAUCAGAAAAUGGAGGAUGCGGGUUCACAUUUAAGGGAGGAAGAAAUCCAGGUCUGGACAAAGUGGUGUGGUCUGAACCCCGUCUCUCUAAAAUAGCAUGAUUUCUCCUGCUCAAGAAAGUGGGAGGCAUAUUUUCAAUCAGUUCUCUGGAACUAGAUGACAGUGAUGGUGUUUGGGAGAGAAGCUUUUUCUUUCCAAGGAGCAUUUUGCUGUCUUCUGUAAGGGGGCUUAAGCUCGUUGUCAACUGUGAAUCAGAACUGUAGUGAUUUGCCCCCAGAUUUCUUCUGUGAACAAUACUUUUCAGAGUGGAUACAAAACUUGUUUGGGCUGAAUCUGAAUUCUGCUCUACAGGAAUUUCACUUCGAUUUAUCUCACCGGAGAUCAGAUGAGAACCUAUCUCAUCGCUGGACAUUUUUCUUGAGGAAGUUUGCUCUAAGUUUUUCAAGAAAUUAAGGGUGUCUUUGAUAUCAAUGCUGUGAUGUCUAGUGAUAAACCUCUUAGACAGGGCUAGGCUGUUAAUUUUCAGAUACAGCUCUUCUUCAGGUGUUAUAUCCUGAAGCUCCUCUUGUAAAGAUCGUAUUUGAUUCUGUCCCACUAUUGAAGAAUUGGACUUCAUCCAAGGUUCGGAGAAUGCAUGUUGCGUUUGAGGUCCAUUGUGUGUUUUCCUUGAAGGCGAUUGUGGUUCAGGUGAAUCUUCCUUUCUUCCAGGAUAAUUAUUUUCUUUAAAGCUAAAGAGAGCAUUUUCUUUUUGGCUUGUGUUUGUGGAUAGAGAUGGAGAUGUUUUAACUUCUACAUCUGAUGGGGAAGUGCAAGAAUCUAGAGACUGAGAUUCAUCACUGUCAAGUGGAGGUACAUUCAAAUAUUGCCUUGUUCGUUGUUUUCCAGAUGGAGACCUAUCUUUUGUAAUGAUUAUCACUUCCUUUCCUUUUGCCUUGCAAGCAUCUAAAAGAACUUUCAGUGUUUCUUUAUCCUCUGAGUUCACUGAGUAAACAAGAACUGAAUUGCCAGAGUGAUCUUGCAAGCUCACAUCUGCUCCACUUUUAAGCAGCAAGGAAAUGAUUUCAGGACCAGCUUUCUGCACACAUGCAUGCAUCAAGGCUGUCUUUCCAGUUUUGUCCUGGAUAUUUGGGUCUGCCUUAUUUUCCAAAAGAUAUUUCACCAUUUUGACUUUGCUGACACUCUGGUGGUCCACAUGGUUUGUUUUACAAGCAACCAUUAAAGGGGUUUCACCACGGUCAUUGCUUUCAUUGAUAUAGGCCCCACCUUCUAAUAACAAUCUUGUGAGACGAAGUCUUCUGUGAUAGACAGCUUUUAUUAGAGAGUUCCCAUCAGGUGAAAGCUCUAUGGACUCUUCCAUCUUCUGUUUUUGAAUUGAAGACCAGGAUUGUUCAAAUGUUACCUAAAUUGGAGAAACAUUGGAUUAAGAAUAUAUAUAUUUCCUGAUGGAAAGAUGAAAAGAGUUCCUGUUAAAUGUUACACAAACUAGAACAUCACAGUCCAUAUGUUUUAAAAAACUUAGAAUUAUAUUUCUAUCUAUAUGUAACAGGAUCAUUUCAGGGGAACAUAAGAUUUCUUCAUAUUACUCAUGUUUGUCUGACACUAAAAGCUGCAAUAUGCAUUAUACUGUGGUUUGAGUGUUGGAGUAGGACACUGAGACACCAAGGAUCAAACGUGACCUCUAAUGUAAUGCUAAGAAAGAAGAGGGGAGCAUCCAGUCUGUAUUUAAGUAAACCAUUUGGAUGUGAAGGUCUCUUAAAAUGCAAUAAAUUAUCAUGGUUUGCAGCAUCUUUCCUGUUCCUUAAUGAGGUUUUUUGAAAAGCCUCCAUUGAUAUUAUUAGAAGCUAUUUUAAAAGUUCAAUUUCUCCAAGAAGCUAUUGAAGGAUUGCUUUUUAAUUAAAUAUUUAAUUUAAUGUUAAUUGAAGCCUUUGAAAGGAAUUCUGCUAAGGAAGAAAAUGCUGAUCUUCCCCAAGAAGUACAGCACCUCUUGAAAAAUCCCCAUCUUGCAUAGCAUUUAAGUCUUGAAAAGGUCUCUACUGCUGCCAUGAUGGCCUACAGCAGUCUUUCUCAACCUGGGGGUCGGGACCCUUGGGGGUGUCACGGGGGUGUCAGAGGGGUUGCCAAAGACCAUCAGAAAACACCCCUUUGGCAGAGAAGUCUGGAUGUAGGUGAACUACAACUCCAAAACUCAAGGUCAGUGCCCACCAAACCCUUCCAGUAUUUUCUGUUGGUUAUGUGCCUAAACACAUCUGGAAGUAAGUCCAAAGGAAAUCAAGAAGACUUAUUCUUCUAAGGCUUGCAUGAAUGAAAUGACUAUUCCCAGCAUGACUUCAGGUUAGUAUGUUUUAAGAAGCAAAGCUCAUCAGAUACACUCUAAUCCUAUGUGUCAUGGAGCCAAAUCCCAGGGCUGAAUUUCCAAGCCCUGAAUCUGACUUCAUAACAUAAAUAAUCCUGCAAGCACCUGGCGGGAGAAGAUAAAGUGAGCCUGGGAACUCAGGCUCGAAAGUAUAAACAAUCAUAGUUGAUAUAGUGUGUGGGAAUGGUAGUAAUGUGAUCCAGGGGGGUGGGGUUUGAUGAUGAUAUUUGCGUGUGGUAUUACGUUGCAUCAGAAGUGAUAAAAUUGAGUGUAUGUAAACAUUAGGUCAUUCUCGACUUUUCCAAAGUCAUGUAUUCUUCAAUAAAGAUUGGAUUUGAGAGCAGCUA